AUGUUUUGUGAUGUGCAUAAAGGUCGAUCAGGGCAACCUCGUACAGCUACAAAUGAUGAGUCCACAACUGCCGUCUUGAAACUGUUUCAGCGUUCACCUCAAAAAUCGUUGAGGCAAGCGGCACGUGAGAGUGAUGUAAGUGCUAGUACUGUGCUAAACAUUCUGAGGAAAGGCAAGUUUCGUUUGUACAUUGCAAGGCUGGUGCAACAGCUAAGUGACGACGAUCCAGAUCGAAGGUUAGAAUUUUGUGAAUGGGUUCAGGAGAGGGUGAGAUGUGACUCUGGAUUUAUGGGUGGCAUAAUUUGGUCGGAUGAAGCCCAAUUCAAACUCAAUGGAACUGUCAAUAGGCACAAUUGUGAGUACUGGGCUGAAGAUAAUCCUCGGAUUACAGUUGAAAAGGCUGUGAAAUUGCCUGGUCACCUCUUUCUUCUAAAUGAUUUUGAAGAGCUUCAUGUUGCACUUGCAUACAAUGUACACAAAAGAAAUAAAGGGGAGAUCAUCAAGGCCAUCAAGAAUGCAAAAAACGGAAAAGCGCCAGGCCCAGAUGGUAUACCAGUAGAGGCUUUAAAAGCAGACCCCAAAAUAUCAGCUGAAAUGCUGCUAUGCAAAAUUUGGGAGCAAGAAAAGGUCCCUAAAUUCUGGAAACUGGGCUACCUAAUUAAAUUACUCAAAAAAGGUGACCUCACUCAAUGCAACAACUGGCGAGGAAUCAUGUUACUGUCAUUCCUCAGCAAGGUCUUAACUAGGAUAAUAUUGGAAUGCCUAAAAGAUGCCCUAGACAAAAGACUAAGACCAGAACAGGCUGGAUUCUGUAAAGAGAAAUCAUGCACUGACUACAUUGCUACACUACGUAUUAUCAUAGAACAAUCUAUCGAGUGGCAAUCUCCUCUGUACAUGACCUUUGUUGAUUUUGAGAAAGCCUUCGACAGUAUUGACAGAGAAGUAAUCUGGAGACUGAUGAAUUACUACGGAAUUUCAACAAAAUUCACCAAUAUCAUUAAACAGUUAUAUGAUGACUCAUCAUGCCAAGUACACAAUGAGGACCUGGAUUUCGCCAAUGACAUCUGCCUCCUCUCCCAUACACAACAAAAUGCUCAGACCAAACUGACCAGACUCUCAGAAAUAGCGAAAAAGACUCGACUUCUAAUCAACAAAAAGAAAACAGAAGUUAUGAGGAUCAACAACAGACAAGAGAACCCAAUCAUGCUACAGGGAGAGAAUAUCCUUGAUAAGGACCACUUCACAUAUCUGGGAAGUAGAGUUGGUAAAGACGGCAAAGAUGAUGAUGAUAUACUAAUUCGGAUCAAUAAAGCUAGGUUUGCCUUUUCAACUCUCCAAACUGUCUGGCGCUCUAAGGCAUUAUCUCUACACAACAAAAAAGAUACGAAUCUAUAA